AAGCAACUCGGGAGAACCAGCCUUGGGACAUUACGUCCUUGCAUGUCCUUGUCAGCAACGUUAACACGAUGCCCGAUGUUCACGUUCACGAUAUGACCCUCCCUGCAGCAACCAUAACCGACCUCAUCUCACAAGUAACAUCCCAAAUCGCUUCUAUCCGAGACGGCCCGAGCAUGGACCUCGGCCCAACCGAUCUCGUGGAGCAAGCUGGGAGGGCAGCACGUCAUGCUCGUUACGUUCCAGGUGCGGAUAUACCAUUGUUGCUGGGAGGACGCCGUCCUGUGCGGUCGUCAUGGGAUGUAGAGGAUGAUGACGAGGAGGAAGAGGACAAACCCGACGUGGAAGACGAAGGAGAGGGGGGGAGAGGGCAUCCAGGGGCGAACGAGGCAUUAGAACGAUGGCUCGUUGAUUCCACUUUGAUUGAGCUUGUUACAUCCGCCCAUCCUCCACCCCUCUUGUUUGAUCUUCCCCCCUUUGACUCGACGGCUCGACUGCGACGCCGGUUACGGCGAACUGAUCCUUCAGAGCGGAGCCGGCAAAGCCGAUGGCGACGGCGACGGGACCGAGUCCGUGCAUUGCGAGGCCUGGAUGAGUCUGACCCAGCUGCAGUGGUGCAGAGCAUGGUGGACGAGAUCGAGAAGGCCUUGGCGGAACGAUUGGAUCCGAAUGGGGUACCAAAAGAGGAUCCACCUUGCAAGGCCCCGGAUUGGGCGCUUUGUUGGGAGUUGUUGGGCAGAUUGGAUCGAGUGAUUGUUUCGAGGGAUGGAGAAAGACCGGACAAGGGGUGCUAUGGGGAGGGGUAUAGAGCAAUAUUGGUUGAUGGGGACGCAUGCAGGUAGAAGAAUCACGGGCUGUAUUGAUGAGGCACACAACGCUUAACUUGAGCAGGAGGUGUUUUAUUCUACUUAAAACUAUGCCGUCUAAGAAAUCUACGAAAAGGAAACAGGAUGAAGCCCUUCUUGGCAUAUCAAAUCAUAAUAGAGGAAGAGUUCCCGUUCACGGCCAUUAUCUACAGUGGGAAAUCCCACGCAAACUACUAGUAAACUCGGUGUUUACCUGUCGUUCUGCCAGCACUGCCGCUAAUCGACGCCGGGUCUACACGUUCCCUCUUGGGACUGGCUUUAGUGUCUACGGCCACACCACCAGCAAAUUCGGC